AUGGACAAUAUCCGGUACCGUGCACGCGCCGCGAAGCAGAACGUUGUCUCCAAGAGAACGAAAGAAGGAUGGGUUCUUCCCAAGACUGCAGUCACGUUCGCCGACGAAAACACCUGGAGUAACAUCGAUACUGAUGUGACUCCGCUGGAGCGCCGAACAUGGACCAGCUGGACCAUCCUGGGCUUCUGGCUGAGUGACGCGUUGUCUGCGCAGAGCUGGGCUGGGGCUUCGGCCGUCAUCGCUGUCGGUCUGACAUGGCGCGAAGCUGUGUACUGCCUGAUUCUUGGAACGCUCGUGGUGACAGUGCCGUUGAUUUUGAAUGGUGCAGCGGGAGCACAGUUGCACGUACCGUUCCCAGUCGUGGCAAGGUCCGGCUUCGGCUUCUACUUUAGCAGAUUCGUCGUCGUUGUUCGAAUGGUGACUGCCCUAUUCUGGCAUGCCAUCCAGACGUACUCUGGUUCAACUGCCAUGACGCAGGUGAUACGUGCGAUAUGGCCAUCGUACCUGGAUAUUCCCAAUCAUCUCCCGGCAUCUGCAGGAAUCACCACGCAACAAAUGGUCUCGCACUUCAUCUUCUGGUCGGUGCAGUUCCCAAUACUGCUUAUAUCUCCGCAUAAGCUCAAGUGGUUCUUUGUCGUCAAAGCUGUGGUUGUCUUGACAGCUGCGUUCGCAACUGUCAUUGGCAUGACACAACUCGCAAACGGAGCGGGAGAUAUCUGGAGCCAGCAACCGACGGUGCAAGGGGCCACCAAAGCCUGGCUGAUCGUCAGUUCCAUGUCAUCUAUGACCGGAGGCUGGGCUACUAUGGCAACCAACGUGGCUGAUUUCACACGAUACUUGAAGAGUUCCCGUGGCGUGUACUGGCAGGUCCUUUUUGUCCCGUUGAUCAUGACACUUCUGGGCGUUUUCGGCAUCAUCGGAACCAGUGCGGCAAAGGUGGUCUACGGCGAAUAUAUCUGGGACCCGCUCGCGCUGGCGUCGAGAUGGGAAGGUCCGGGAGGUCGGGCUGCGGCCUUUUUCGUUGGUGUGGCGUGGUGUAUCGCACAGAUUGGCACGAAUCUGUCGGCCAAUGUCAUCUCAUGCUCCAACGAUAUGGUGAGCUUGUGCCCAAAGUAUCUCAACAUCAGACGAGGAGUCGUUAUCACCACCGUCACGGCCGGCUGGAUCAUGGUGCCUUGGAAGAUUAUCGCGUCGGCCCAGUCAUUGCUCAAUUUCAUGAGCGCUCUUGGGAUCUUCCUAGCGCCGAUUGCGAGUAUCCUGGCUUGCGACUACUGGGUAGUCAAGAAGAAGGCGAUCGAUGUGCCGGCCCUUUACCGCAAGUAUGGUCGAUACCGCUAUGGCAACGCCGCGGGUACGAAUUGGAGGGCGGCAGUGGCAUUAGCCAUUGGAGUUGUGCCAAACAUUCCAGGCAUGGCUGCCGCCGUCAACCCUUCGAUCAAUAUUGGAGGAGCGCGAUACAUUUAUGCCAUGUUCUACCUUUACGGAUUCAGCUCGACGUUCGUUAGCUACACAGUGCUUUCAUGGUUGUUUCCUGACCGCGAUACACUGCUCCAGGAGCCCAUCUUCGAGGAUAUCGUGGUGGUCGAUGGGGUGGAGCGCAUCAACGACGGAGUUCUUUCGGCGGAUACGAAAGAUAAGACGCUGGUCAAUGUUGAGGCUGAAGCAGAGGAUUUUGAGAAGCGUGCGGAUGCGCGGGUGUAG